UUCAACUGCUGCAAAAGUCUAUCGGUGCUAGAGAUAUUCAAGGAUGGAGAAAUUUUGGUGCCUGACGGUAUUGAUGCUGAUUGGGUGUGGGGCCUGUCGAGCCGAUGACAAUGUUGCGGACGCUCCUGCCAUUUCGUACAACCUGAUGACUUUCUACACCCUGUUCAACGGUCAGUUCUCUGACCAAGUCGAGGUGGCCAGUUACCAGUCCAGUGAUGCCAGUGACCCGGACAAACCGUUCCUGUCGGUCAUCAAGUCGACGCCAGUUGAGAUUCCCGCUCUGGGACAGGCUGUGACCUACCUGUAUGAUCAGUAUUUCAACGGCAUGCUGCGUCGUCGUGUGGUGUGUGUCAUUUGGGAGGACAGCAACGGUCAGAUCUUCAUACAACCUUACAACAUCACCUCUCCCCCUAACGACAU